UACUAUAGUGAUUAGUGAUCACAAAAAAUAUUGCAGGCCUCCAUUUUGGAAUUCUUCCACAUAUAGAUACAUACAAAUAGAGAUUUUUACAAGAUACUGAUAGCCACCCCUUUUUGUCUUUGAACCUACCGCAAGAAUCGCCUGGUCCAUGCAUUACGUGAGGGUCUCUUUCUUGAUGUUGCAUACGCCUUAGCUUAAUUCCAUCGUUUUUCUCUCUCUCUCUCUCUCUCUCUCUCUCUCUCUCUCUCUCUCUUCAAUCUUCUUGUAAAAGUCUCUUCAGAUGAAGCUCCAAGCUGUUGAGCUUCCCCUUAUGAAAAACCAGACCAGAAGAAGCAAGACCCCAAAGGUAGCUCCGUUGGUAGCCGUAGCCCUAUUUCUUCUCACCAUCAUCCCUAUCUAUUACCCUUUUUUCCGGUACCCGAACAAGAAUCCUUCUUCCGAUUUGUCAUCGUCCUCGCGUAUUUCUUCUCAACUCCCUCUAUGUCUAGAUGGUGACUCGUUGCCGGAAAGAAACGGCUUGUGCACCCACAAGGAUGUCGAAAAAAUCCCCACCACCAAUGAUAACGAGCGAGAUUCGCCCGGCAAUGAUGUGGAGAAACCACCCACCUUGAGCAGCAACUCAAAUGGGGGUGGGAGCACCUUUAAUAGGGACAAGGAGAUAAAAUCCAUCUUAAGAAAUCCUGAAUUGGCGGGAAACUCCCAGCCAGACGAGGGUGUGAUAGAGGACACGGAGAUGAAGCCCGCCCUAAACAAUCCUGACUUGGUGGACACCACCAAGUCGGGCGAGGAUGUGACUGCGGUCGCCAAUGAUAGGGGCGUGGAGACGGAGCCCGUUACAAGGAACUCCGACUUGGCGGAGACCACCCAAUCAGGCGAGGCCUUUAAUAGGGACGUGGAGAUGAAGCCCGUCCUAAGCAACCCUGACUCCGCGGAGACCACCCAAUCAGGCAAGGACACGACUAGGACACCCUCGAAUAGGGACGUGGAAACAAAUCAUGCCCGAGGCGACCCUGAUUCGGUAGAGACCACCGACUCAAGCAGUGGUAUGGGAGAGACCACCAUUGACAGGAAGACGGAAACAGAGCCCGUCCUGAGCAACCCUGAUUUGGAGGACACCACCCACACAGGGAGGGACGAGACGGGGGUAGGGGCCACCGACUCGGGCAAUAGUAUGGGAGAGACCACCAUUAACAGGAAGACGGAAACAAAGCCCGUCCUGAGCAACCCUGAUUUGGAGGACACCACCCACACAGGUAGGGACGAGGCGGGGGUAGGGACCACCGACUCGGACAAUAGUAUGGGAGAGACCGCCAUUAACAGGAAGACGGAAACAAAGGCCGACCUGAGCAACCCUGAUUUGGUUGAGACCACCCAAUCAGGAAGGGACGAGGCGGCGGCGACCACCCUUCCUCCAGAAAAGGAUGCGAAGGAAGCUCGCGCACAUCGGCGGAGAGACGUGGGGAGGUCACCGCCGCCACCAAACAACGCUGAGUACUCUGAUUCUCUAAGAGCGGCGGACUCAGAGAGAGAGAAUUGCGACAUCUUUACAGGGGAAUGGGUGCCCAACCCGGAGGCGCCGUACUACACCAACGCGACGUGCAGGGAAAUCCAACAGCAUCAAGAUUGCUUGAAAUUCGGAAGGCCGGAUACCCGGUACCUUAAAUGGAAGUGGAAACCGGAGGGUUGCGAGCUACCUGUUUUUGACCCGUACAGGUUUCUUCAGCUUGUGAGGGGCAAGUCUCUGGCCUUCGUGGGAGACUCUGUGGCCAGAAACCACAUGCAGUCCUUGAUAUGCCUCUUGUCCAGGGUAGAAGAAGCUGUGGAUGUCUCGGAUGUGAAAUACGUAUCGCAGUUCAAACGCUACGAAUACCCAAACCACAACUUCACCGUCGAAAUCUUCUGGUCGCCUUAUCUGGUAAAGACCACACAAAGCGACGAUGCCCGUCCCUUCAACCUCUACCUCGACGAGUUCGACGAGAAAUGGACCACCAAAAUCCAGCACUUCGAUUACGUGAUCAUCUCGGCCGGACAUUGGUUCUUCCGGCCGACUAUGUUCUACGUACAAGGCCGUAUAGUGGGCUGCCUCUACUGCCCCGAGAGCCAUAUCACCCACUUGACAUCAUAUUUUAGCUAUCGGAGGGCGUUUAGGACCGCGUUUAGGGCCAUAAACAGCUUGGAAAACUUCAAGGGCAUAACGUUUCUUAGAACUUUUGCACCAUCGCACUUUGAAGGCGGGUACUGGGACAAGGGCGGGGACUGUGCGAGGAAAACGCCGUUUAAAAAGGCCGAGGUGCUCUUGGAGGGGUAUAACUUAGAGCAUUACAAAAUCCAGGUCGAGGAGGUUAAAAUCGCGGAGCGAUUAGGGAGGAGGAGAGGGCUGAAAUUUAGGUUAUUUGAUGUAACACAGGCAAUGUUGUUGAGACCAGAUGGACACCCGAGUAAAUAUGGGCAUUGGCCGCAGCAAAAUGUCACCUUGGCUAAUGACUGUGUGCACUGGUGCUUGCCUGGACCGGUCGAUACUUGGAAUGAUUUCUUGAUAGAGAUGUUGAAGAGGGAGGAGAAGGCAUCAUAUUAGUUUGAGGAAAAAAGUUUUGAUGAUUUGGAUGAUAGUAACAAAUUUAAAAAGAAAGAAAAGUGAUUAGAAUUCCCAAUAGGUUUCCCCUUUUUUUCUUUUUUUCUUUUUGUGAUUAGAUUUGUUAGAUGGGAUGAUGGGGAGAUUAUUGGAUUACAAUAUAGUGACAUUGUCAAGAUUUAUACCAAAGUUUCAUUAAACUCUUGAACUUGAAUAA